AUGACUUUCCACAGAUAUCUUUUCCUGAGCUUCUCCCUUACAAAAAACAAUUUUGUGCAAUAUUUCACAUUGCCCUUGUUUCCUUCCUCAGGGGUGUGUCUGACUGAGAACGAGUCUCAUUACAACACCAGAGCCAUAAACAGGAACACGGACGGCUCCACGGACUAUGGCAUUUUUCAGAUCAACAGCAGAUACUGGUGUAAAGAUGGAGGAGUGAGCGCCGCCAACGGCUGUGGAAUCAACUGCUCAGAUCUGCUCAGUGACAACCCAACAGUCGCCAUAAAUUGUGCCAAACGAGUCGUACGGGACCCCAACAGCAUCAGGGCCUGGGUGGCAUGGCGGCGGAACUGUCAGGGCCGAGACCUGAGCAGGUACCUCGCUGGAUGUGGAGUUUGAAAAAGAAAACCACAUGAAUGUCAUUGAAACAGCAUAAUCUUAGGCUUAGCUGCAUUUUACUUUGAACGAGGCUAUAUGUAAGGUUCUUUUCUCCAUGAAGAUGUUGUUGUUUGAUUAGAUAGUUCCUCAAAAUGGUUUUAAAUUUAAUAAUCUCCAUGGAGACAAGCAAGUUACUCUACAAUAAAAACACCUGUUAUUAAAUACAUACGAGAUAGAUACAGUCAUACCAUACUGUGGAACAUUCAAAACAAAACAAUAACAUUUUCAAGACAAGCAGGUGACGGACUCUCCACCAGAAAGUUGAAAUAGUGCAUCUUUCACACAGAAUCAGUUACAUUAUUUGUGAUUUCUUGCUGUAAACCUGAGGCAAUAAAGAGUUUGAAGCAUUUUA